AUGAAAACCGACCUGGAGCUGGCCCUGGAGUGUGCCAUCAACAUCUACCACCACUAUGCCAUCAAGAACCCCCUCGACGACUACCUGAGCAAGGCUGAGUUCUCCCAGCUGCUGAGGGACACAGCUCAGCCCUUCCUGCACAGGACUGCCCCGCCCAACAUGUCUGAGGAUGGCUACAUCCAGAAGCUCUUCAGCCAGGCUGAUGGCAACCAUGAUGGGCGCCUCAAGUUCACUGAGUUCCUGACCAUCUUGGGCCUCGCUCUUGGAGAUGCCCACAAGAGGUCCCAUGAAGAUCCAGGUCAUGACCACGACCACAGCCAUGGUCCUCAGGCCUGAAGCUGUUCCAGGGUGACUGUAACCAUGGGGUUGUGCCCUUCCAGCACCAUCAUCCCUCUGUCUGUCCUCAAGCCCAGAAAGCCUCUGACCAAAGCUCUGUCAC